UUCCGGUUCCGCUGGGGCCGCAGUGAAAAAGAAAGAAGCGGCGCGGUGUAGCGCAGCGCAGAUGGCGGUAGUGACAGUAGGACGUAGAGUUAUUUGUGGGCGCUUUCUGAGUCAAGUAGCAGUGCGGGCAGGUUCUCUUUUGUGGUCUGCAUCUCGAACUCAAAGUUCACAAAGCACCUCAUCACAGCAAAAACUCCUUCCAAAAACGUCUUUGACUUCACCCCCAUGGCCUGAAAUCAAACUACCAGACCCACUAGAGGAGGCAAAACACCACAGAGAGCUUGUAGAAAAGGUGAAUGAGCUAAUUGCUGCUGGACAUUAUGGAAGGCUCUUUGCAGUUGUUCACUUUGCCAGCCGUCAGUGGAAAAUAACCAAUGAAGACUUGAUUUUAAUUGAAAACCACAUACCAGCUGAAUGUGGUGACAAAAUCCGAAUGGAAAAAGUAUUGUUGGUUGGGGCAGAUGACUUCACUCUACUUGGGAAGCCGCUUCUGGGAAAAGAUCUUGUCCGUGUAGAGGCUACUGUUCUUGAAAAGACAGAAGCUUGGCCAAGAAUUAAUAUCAAGUAUCGUCCAAAGUGCCGUUACCAGAGGAAGAAAAUUAUCAUUCAACCACAAACCGUUCUCCGGAUAAACACCAUCGAAAUUGCUCCUGUUCUAUCAUGAUGAGUUGCUUGGCAUGAGUUUGUUGUUGCAGCAGCUGUAGGGCAAUAUGAAAAUUGAAAAUGUUUCUGUUGUAUUUGAUUAUUGUCUAAUACAAGAAAAAAUAUAUUAUUAAAUGAAAUUGUUUUGUUCCGA